GAGCAAUUUGAGAAACGGCAAAUUUCUCCAUAGCUGUUUAACCUCAUUUCAACUUUCCAGAAAAGAAUCAAAACAUUUUCUGUAUUUUAGUAUUAAAAGUAUGCUUGCGUGGUUUCCAAAAACUUCUAAACUGAAAUUGCAAUGUAAGACACUGCAAAUAAAUAUGAAGAAAAUGAAUUCAUUUGUAAAAGGACAUGUAUACUAGGUUAGUGUUAAAAUAACAAGAUACUGAUAAUGGCAAAUUGAAUGCAUGAAUUGCUUGUUGUACUGUAUACACAUUUUUUGGCUUAAUAAUCUCUUUAAGGUAAUAGUAAUUUUUUCCACAGUUAAAAUAGUAUAUUUUAUAGAUAAGUGAUUUACCAAUCUACAAGGCACUACCAAAUCAUAUGACAGUUUGUUAUUUGAUCCAGAACCAACUUAUGUUAGUAAGAUGUCAAUUACUUUCCUUUUCCUGCCUAGUAUGAUUUUUUUAUUUUUAAAAUAUGGCUGUAAUUAAAUUGAAAGAAUUUUAAUUAUAAUUUUACCUAGGUAUCUUUUCUUAAUAUAUUUUCUAUUUUUCUAAUUAUAGGUUUUAUAUACACUGGAGAAGUUGUACAUCGAAUGCUAACAGCCACGCAAUACAUAGCACCCUUAAUGGCAAAUUUUGAUCCCAGUGUGUCCAGAAAUUCAACAGUCAGAUAUUUUGACAAUGGCACAGCACUUGUUGUCCAGUGGGACCACGUACAUCUCCAGGAUAAUUACAACCUGGGAAGCUUCACAUUCCAGGCAACCCUCCUUACGGAUGGACGCAUCAUCUUUGGAUACAAAGAAAUUCCUGUCUUGGUCACACAGAUAAGUUCCACCAAUCAUCCAGUGAAAGUGGGGCUGUCUGAUGCAUUUGUCGUUGUCCACAGGAUCCAGCAAAUUCCCAAUGUUCGAAGAAGAACAAUUUAUGAAUACCAUCGAGUAGAGCUACAAAUGUCAAAAAUUACCAACAUUUCAGCUGUGGAAAUGACUCCAUUACCUACAUGUCUCCAGUUUAAUGAGUGUGGCUCCUGUGUGUCCUCUCAGAUUGGCUUCAACUGCAGUUGGUGUAGUAAACUUCAAAGAUGUUCCAGUGGAUUUGAUCGCCAUCGGCAGGACUGGGUGGACAGUGGAUGCCCUGAAGAGUCAAAAGAGAAGAUGUGUGAGGACACAGAGCCAGUGGAAACUUCUUCUCAAACCACCACAACUGUAAGAGCGACAACCACACAGUUCAGGGUCUUAACCACCACCAGAAGAGCAACAACAUCACAGCUGCCAACCAGCCUGCCCACAGAAGAUGAUACCAAGAUUGCACUACAUCUGAAAGAUAAUGGAGGUAGGAAUUCACACAUUUCUUUUGUAAAUGUUUUUGAGAUACUAAUCCAUUUCAUUCAUUUAAAUAUGAACAAGGACUUAUGAGCUUCUAAGUAUAGAGUGUGGGUUAUUAUUUCAGUACUCGUUGGUAUUUAACAGAGGAAGGAUUCAAUGGGUUGGCUUGAAAAGAUGAAUGAAAUAGUUUCAUUAGUGGAGUGAAAUUCUAAUCCUGUGUUUGCCUAUAAAACUGCAUGAUGCCAAUUACCACGCAUUUAUUUAUCCAUACAUCUUGCUGUUCCUUGUUGCUCUAGUUCUUGUUUUAAUUGUACGCAUGGUUAUCUACAGUUAUGGUUAUUGGGUUCAACUUUUUUCACUAAGUUGUUUGGUUGUUCAACAUCGUGUAUACAUAAAAUUGAAUAAAUAUAGCGGUAAGUCUGAAUAUAUUGUACUAGGCCUUUUUGUCUCUUAUAUGAAGCAUACUACAAAAAUACUCAAAAGA